CCUGCAAGGCAGGCCUUUUCCUGGGCGCUCUGCCGUUGACACAGCCCCUCCCUGCUCCACAUGGCCUGUCUGCCAGCCGAGGGCGGGCCUGGGCAGGAUGCUGGCAGGGCGGGCCACGAGCACCCCCUGCUUCCCGAGGCAGUCCUGAGCAGCUCCUGCGGGUGCAGAAGGCUCCUGGGGCCGCUCCUCCCCUCCCACACCGCCGUGCUGGCUGCUUGCCCCCUGCCCUGGGUCAAGGAGAGCGCUAGGACGUUGCCACCAGGGCAUUUGUCCACUGUCCGCCACAGCUGGACCUGGAGUUCUGAAAGACGCGUGAAGACUGCUUGUGUGCCUGGUUCGACGUGCCUGUUGCGCAGACCUCUCACGGAACUGGCGCCUCGCUCACACUCUGGGUGGAAUUUAGGAGGCUCCUUGGCGAGUUUGGCUAUGCGCCUGCGCAGGCGAGCCCGCCCCGGUGCACCGGCCUUUCUGCUGAUCCUCACGGCCCCCACCUGGCACCGUGUAGGUGCUGGGGCGAGGCACUGUGCUGUGGUGGCCCCGGUGGCCGUGGGCCGGCAGGAAAGUGACCCGAGAGGACUCGGAUUGAACCGCAGCGGGAACUUCCUGGGGAUGCUUUGGGCUGCUGUACACCGAGCGGCCGCGUCGAACGCUGGGAACGUUCGAAGGGAGGUUUCACGGUGAACCUGUGCCUGGACAGGAGGCCCCUCCCCGCGGCCCCGUCUGGGGCCCGCCCUUCUAGGAGCAGCCUGGUGGGUUUGGGGGAGAAUGUUCCAGAAGCCAGUGUGUGGGCCUGCCGGGCUCGUCACUGGGUUGAGGUUCUCAGGAGACCGGAGCAGGGACUGGGCGUCAGAAAGGAGAGGGGCAGCGUCUUGCUAGACAAAUCUGGGACAGCGCGUCCGCAGAACAAUGACAGUCAUGCAUGGGAAUCGGUGGUUGAAGGAUGAGG